AUGCUCCACACAGCUCGCGCUCCACCGUCGUCCCAGCAAUUCCUCGCCUUCACCAGCCAUUCGGUCUCGAGAGCUUCGUCUCAUCCAAAGAGGAGAUGGGUGGCCCGGCAGGCGAGCUCCGCCCCCCCCUCGCUGCAGUCCCAGCAAGCGUCCGGGGAGCUGUGGCGACGUGACUUUCCCAUCCUUGACCAGAGCGUUCACGGCCACCGGCUGGUGUACCUGGACAAUGGCGCCACCAGCCAGAAGCCUGAGACGGUCAUCCGGGCGCUGGAUGACUACUACCGCUCCUACAACUCCAACGUGCACCGCGGCGUGCACGCCCUGAGCGCCAGGGCCACCGCUGCGUACGAGUCCGCGCGCGAGAAGGUGGCCGCCUUUGUCGGCGCCGCCUCGUCGCGCGAGAUCGUGUUCACGCGCAACGCCAGCGAGGCCAUCAACCUGGUGGCGCAGACCUGGGGCACGGCCACGCUGCGGCCGGGGGACGAAAUCCUGCUGUCGGUGGCGGAGCACCACAGCAACCUGGUGCCCUGGCAGAUGGUCGCUCAGCGCACGGGCGCCGUCCUGAGGCAUGUCCCGCUAACCAAGGACACCGAGGAGCUGGACAUGGCCGCCUUCCACGACCUCCUCUCCCCGCGGACGCGCCUGGUGGCGCUAGUCCACGUCUCCAACAUGCUCGGCUGCAUCGCUCCCGCCGCCGAGAUCUGCGAGGCCGCGCACGCCGUGGGCGCGCGGGUCCUCCUGGACUGCUGCCAGUCCGUGCCCAACAUGCCCGUGGACGUCGGCCGGCUGGGCGCCGACUGGAUCGUCGCCUCAGCGCACAAGAUGUACGAGCUGCUGGAGUCCAUGCCGCCCUGGAUGGGCGGCGGCGAGAUGAUCCAGGACGUGUUCCUGGACCGGUCGACGUACGCUGCGCCGCCCUCACGCUUCGAGGCGGGCACGCCCGCCAUCGCGGAGGCGAUUGGCCUGGGCGCAGCCUGCGACUACCUCACAACUCUUGGCAUGCACCGCGUCGACGCCUAUGAGCGGGAGCUGGGCGCGCACCUCCACGAACAGCUGCAGGCUGUUCCCGGGGUCCGGAUCUAUGGGCCCGGGCCCGAAGAGGGCGUGGGGCGGGCAGCGCUGGCUUCCUUCAACGUGGAUGGCAUCCACCCCACCGACAUCUCCACCAUCCUGGACCAGUCUGGUGUGGCGGUACGCUCCGGCCACAUGUGCACCCAGCCGCUGCAUCGAGAACUGGGCAUCUCCGCCUCGGUGCGGGCCGCGCCCUACCUUUACAACACAAAGCACGAGGUUGAUGUGUUUGUGGAGGCGCUCAAGGAAGCCAUAUCCUUCUUCACGAUGUGA